GUGGGGGUGAGGUGGGUGGGGGUGGAAAACAAGCCAACACUGGGUCUCGAGAAGACGGCAAUUGCUCAGUGGUGCCAACCGUCGCGGGACCUGGGGAUGACCUGCUUGGACUGGGCACAGGGCAGCUGGGGAGGCAAAUCUGGGCGCCGUGGGUUUCUCCUCUGGAGGACUUCUGCUGCAAAGGGGAACAGAAAAACGGGAAGGCAGCUAGUGGGUGAGAGGCAGCCAAGGGAGAGCGUCUGUCACGACGUUCGCACUCGGCCAGCACAGACGUCGAGGAGGAACAGGCCAUGGAGAGCCAAGUCAAGCGGACGCGCGACGCGUUCGCGUCCGGCCGGUCGCGCCCCCUGAGGUUCCGGCUGCAGCAGCUCGAGGCCUUGCGCAGGAUGGUGCAAGAGCGCGAGAAGGACCUCCUGGAGGCCAUCGCCGCCGACCUGUGCAAGAGUGAACUCAACGCAUACAGUCAUGAAGUCAUUACCAUUCUCGGGGAACUUGAUCUCGUGCUGGAGAAUCUUCCUGAAUGGGUCACUGCGAAGCCAGCUAAGAAGAAUUUGCUCACCAUGCUGGAUGAGGCCUACGUUCAGCCGGAGCCCCUGGGAGUCGUACUGAUCAUUGGAGCUUGGAACUACCCCUUUGUUCUCACCAUUCAGCCCCUGAUCGGAGCCAUUGCCGCAGGAAAUGCUGCCAUUAUCAAGCCUUCUGAACUAAGCGAAAAAACAGCUAAGAUCUUGGCCGAACUCCUCCCACAGUAUCUGGACCAGGACUUGUACGCUGUUAUUAACGGUGGCGUCAAGGAAACCACGGAGCUCCUCAAGCAGCGGUUUGACCACAUCCUCUAUACGGGGAGCAUGGCCGUCGGGAAGAUUGUCAUGGAAGCCGCCGCCAAGCAUCUGACCCCCGUGACGCUUGAGCUGGGGGGGAAGAGCCCAUGUUAUGUCGACACAGACUGUGACCUGGACACCGCUUGCAGGCGUAUAACUUGGGGGAAGUACAUGAAUUGUGGCCAGACCUGCAUUGCUCCUGACUACAUUCUCUGUGAACCGUCCCUCCAGAAUCAAAUUGUGCAGAAGAUCAAGGAAACCGUGAAGGAAUUUUAUGGCGAAAAUAUAAAAGAAUCUCCUGAUUAUGAGAGGAUCAUUAACCUUCGUCAUUUUAAGAGGUUACUAAAUUUGCUUGAAGGACAAAAGAUCGCUUUCGGUGGGGAGACGGAUGAGGCCACGCGCUACAUAGGUAAUGGAAAUUCACCUUUUGCUCUGGGGGCACGGGCAGCGUGACAGUCUUCAUUGGUGCUAUUACUGACACAGAAUAAACUCUUAGAUGCAUAAUGUUUAAUAAGUGACGGCACGCUGCUUUCUGGUGUACAGCCUUAUAAACCACUCAGAGAUGGUUUUAUGUCUUUAGAAAUAAUACCACCCACGUUGCACU